GGUGUGGUCCUGUCUCUUUGUGGGCCGGGUCAUGAGACUCCAGGGGUGGGUCUCCUUCAGAAAGCUCUCAUCUGUCUCUCUCUCUGCAUCUGUCUCUCUCUCUACAUCUGUCUCUCUCCCUGCAGCCUGCAGACAGACACACGUGGUUCCCUGCAGCCUGUCCGUCGCUCACAUGGCCGAGGAGGCGAAGAAACUGGCCGCUUACGCCGCCGUGAACAACCACGUCCAGAACAACCAUGUGGUUGGAGUUGGCAGCGGGUCAACCAUUGUCUAUGCUGUGGACAGAUUAGCUGAGAGAGUGCGUCAGGAGAAACUGAACAUCGUGUGUGUGCCCACCUCCUUCCAGGCUCGUCAGCUGAUCCUGCAGCACGGCCUCACGCUGUCGGACCUGGACAGGCACCCAGAGCUGGAUGUGGCGAUUGACGGAGCAGACGAGGUGGACGCAGAUCUCACUCUGAUUAAAGGUGGAGGCGGCUGCCUGACGCAGGAGAAGAUUGUCGCCGGCUGUGCGAAACAUUUCGUCGUCAUUGCAGACUUCAGGAAGGACUCCAAGGCUCUGGGCCAGCAGUGGAAGAAGGGAGUUCCUAUCGAGGUGAUCCCCAUGGCGUACGUCCCCGUCUCCAGGACGAUAGCCAAACGCUUCGGAGGGGAGGCCAACCUACGGAUGGCUGUCAGUAAAGCAGGUCCUGUGGUCACCGACAACAGCAACUUCAUCCUGGACUGGAAGUUUGAGCGAGCUGAGAACUGGAAGGAAGUGAACACCGCGAUCAAGAUGAUUCCAGGUGUGGUGGACACGGGGCUUUUCGUCGGCAUGGCUGAGCGGGCCUACUUCGGGAUGGAGGAUGGGAGCGUGCAGGUUCGAGAUCCUCCCGUCAACUGAGGAGUUUGUCAUAGUCACUGUCGCCACUUCCCCUCCGACGAGCUCACUUCACCCCACAAGUGCCGCGUUCGUGACUUCCACCCGACUGUGUUUGGAACUGGACAAAACUGGAUCUCUGAAAGUUUUCACACAUCUCAAAUCAAGUCACUUUUGAGGAUCUCUUGGUUUUUCCUCAUCCUGCAGUUGGUUCUUCUGACACUGUGAGUUUUAAAGUGCCUGAUGAGUGAAGUCAAGUUAAUCUUGAUUUUCUUUUUUUUUUUUCAGUCUGUAUUGUUUCUCCGUUUAGCUGCCUGGUCCAGUUGGGAAUGUUGUCUCUUCCUGUAAUUAGCGGGUUUGAUUGAACGUCUGCUGUGGUUCUCCACCAGCACAGUGAAUCUCUGCAGUGCUGCAGAAUGAACCUAAGGUGUGCCUUGAGAUUAUAUUUCAAAACCUAUUAAGAGAAAGUAUUCUAUUAAAGUUACAUUUAAAGAGCCUCACAAUCAUACGUCUAACUAUUGGCCUCUGCUAGGCUUCUGCAAAUAACAAAAAGUCCACAUGUCGAGCCAUUAGAUCACAGAAAGAGUAAUAUGUAAUAUGAACUCUGCUACAACAUCAGGACGUUAUGCUUUCAAGAGAGUAAUUUCAUGAAUUAAUAUGCUAAUUAAAACUGAAAAAAGCUUCAAAGAUUAAUGAGAUCUUUGACAAUUAAGAGAAACCCUGUGGUGCAGGUAUGAAACUUUGAUUAUUUGGUUAACAUAUGACAAUAAUCCAGUGUCGCCCACAUACCAUAUAGCACUUAUGUGGGCUGUAAUGAUAUAAUGUAGGUGAAAUCAUUCUGUCUUUGUAAGAACAGGCACUUUCCGUCUUAUCUCUGAAAUGUGAUAUUUCUCAGUGUGGCAGCACAGUUCCUUCUGUGCCUCAGUGUAACUGAAGCUCCUGUUUUUUUCAGCAGCAUGUGGUAAAUUUUGUACAACUUUAUGAAAUCCGACUGAUUCAUUUUUAAUCCUCUCAAACAUUCAGCUGCACUUGCUGACAAAUUUUCAUCUAAAAUAUUGUGUCAAUUUCAGAUAUUUACGGGGAAACUACUUAAUUCUGUCACAUGAGAUUCUUAAAGGCCAGGUUCACAAAGCUGGCUUGAACUUUUGGAUAUAUGUUUAAAUGUGCUCUUUCAUUAAGUCAUGACAUCAGAUUUGCUGAGUAAAGACAGUUUGGGGAAUCUUUGCGGUUUCUUCUUGAGUUUCAACAGCUGUUGAGCUAAACUAGUCAGUCUGCAGAGUUUAAGUCCACAGAAAACCACAGAACGUGAGUUCCUUCAUGCAUGUACCUCUCUCUUCUCUGUUAGCUCUUUUUUUGUGCCUGUAGGUUACUUUGUGGUACGAUUUCUUCUUCCUUACACGAGCCAUCUGUUCACACAAAGUCUUGUGCCAUCAACGUGAAUUUAAAAUAAGCUAUAAAGAGAACAUUUUGAAGGAAAUGAUGAAGGGCAGGUGUGCUAUAAAAUGAUCAGUUAAUGGUGAACUAGUGUAGCUCAAAUCUGAACCAACAGCAACAUAAGUACAUUUAAUGUGCCUUGGCACGCCGGAGCAGCAGAGCGCCUUGUUUUAUUCAGAUGGAGCAACAUUAGCUGAUAAUGCAGCUGUAACCAGAGGAAUCCUUGAGAUUGUUUUAGGCUCUGAAAAAGAAACAACCAAUUUAUUUUGUGUUUCACAAGGUCCCACCUUUACUGAAUCUUAUUUUCUAAUCAUUUCAAGAAUUUGAAGUCUUAAAAAAACAAUAACGUGCAUAAUUAAAUGUGUUGUAUAAAAUCUGAUGCUCAUUGUGCAGCAGGUUUCAGUGAGAUGGUUUGUCUCAAGUCCACAGCACGGUACUGGUGUACUUGGAUUUUUCUUUUGAAAGUAAUUUGUUUAAAAAUUGUGAUAGUUUCUUUUUGUAAAACACGAUUGAUGUCUUUCAUUCUGAAAUGCAGCUAUUCACUGUAGUCUUGGCUCACAAUGCCUUACACCCUGGUGAUAUUUUUAUAUGCUUAUGCAUGUACAGCGCUGAGAGACUCAGGAGAACAUCUGGGGAACAUUAACAAUCAGGCAAAAGCUAAUUUGUCUACAAGCAUCUGUGAUUGUGUUCUAUUAAAGUCUAAUUCUUCUCUCAUAAAUCAAAUGAAAGCAGAUGUAUUUGAGUUUCAGCCUCAGUGGUGUGUAGACAAAGUAAAAGUUAUUUCAAAUACAAGUUGUACAACAUGAUGCAUAUUUUUUUAGCAUCAGCAUUCCUAUUAUUACUUUCUUUACCAAUUGACUGUGAUCAUUUUGCUGUGACGGUACUAUUUUCUUUGUCAACAAAUACAGAACUAUGAUAACAGA